CCUCAUCUUGUCUCCACUCUGUGUGUGUGUGUGUGUGUGUGUGUGUGUGUGUGUGUGUGUAAGUUUUAUGUGAGUCCCCUUUUUCACCGACCUCACCCAGGUACCCGUUCGACUGUCCUGCGGGUCGAGGCAAGUGGCGCCCGGACGUGAAGCCCUGGAGUAGAGGAUCAGGGUGAAGUGCACAGUGAAGAAAGCCAGGCCUGGUAAGAGAGGAAGGAUCAACAAAAUGAAGAUUCUUAUUAAAAAUUUGAUCCUGUUUUGUAUCUUCGAUGCUAUUGCUGCUGGUUUUGACCCUGGACCAACUCAACAGACAAUUGAUUAUAAUAUUCCCUGUACAUAUCCCGGUGGUAUUACACUUUUUUGCCUGAGUGCUGAGCAGGUUCUUGUACUCUUGCCAUUCUUAUCCCUGACGUUGAUGUUAUUAAAGGAGACAAUUCCCAUUCCUACUUUUGAUCUUACUUCUGGUAAAUUCAAACAUACAAGAUCUAAGCAUGCCAUACAGUUCCUUCCUAUUAUUGCUACUUUAGGCUUUGCUGCAGCUACAGCUGCUGGUUCUGCUGGACUGGGAUAUUCCCUACAGCUCAAACAAGUUACUGAUACCCUUAUUUCUGAUGUACAAGAAUUGGCUUCUUCUGUUACUUUUGUUCAAGAUCUACUGGACUCCCUUGCAGAAGUUAUUCUCCAAAACAGACGUGGGUUAGACCUCCUCUUGUCAGAACAGGGGAGUCUCUGUCUUGCUUUGCAGGAACGUUGCUGUUUUUAUGCCAAUAAGUCUGGCAUCAUUCGUGACAAGCUCAAUCAACUGCAAAAACGUCUUCUGGAAUGAAGAAAACAACUCACCGAUAAUCCUUUCUUUACUGCCUGGAAUGGACUCCUCCCAUAUUUCCUCCCUUUGCUUGGUCCGAUUCUAGGUUUAUUGAUUGUUUGCUCUUUGGGACCUGUUCUCUUUAAUAAGCUCAUGGCUUUCCUUAAAUGCCAAAUCGAUGACUCCAUAAAAAUGCAGCCUAUCCAAAUCCACUAUCACAAUCUGGAGAUGGAGUAUUGCGGAGCCUAGACAUUGCUCCUGCCUGAGGUGCUGAAUCGGUUAGCCAAAGACAGUUAAGAGUCUGAGCCUGUAAUAGCUAUAUAGUCCUCCCACCUAAGACAGGAAACCCAUCAUAGCUAUGGGAUUCUCCAAUGACCGGUAAGGAUGGACAUGUGGCUCGAUAAAUUACUCCAACCUAAGACAGGCACGACUCCCCCAGGCUUUUCUCCUCUCUUUGAAAAAAUAAAAA